UAUCCUGAAGUAGGCUUAGCAGCUCUGAGGAGACACACUGUCGAACAUCAUACUUUGAGUGGUGCAGCUUGUGAUUAUGGUCAGCAACUAAUGGCAAGGACAAAACAUCAACAGUCUGUACCUGUUCCUAAAACUAAGAAAGAUAGUCCGGGUGCUUCACAGGUAAACCACCUAGAUGAAGAUAGCUGGAUAAUAGUCAAGAAGCAGAAAGUUAGAAUUUUUGUCCCACCCCUACCUACACCUAAGCAGUCCGCGGUGCAUAUUGCUGGAGAAAGCCUGCUACAUGUACCAGCAAUUAAACCUACUGAUAAUCAACCACAUCAAGUUGAGAUGCAUACUGAAGCUCACGUAGUUUGUGAAAGGGAGGUGCCAAAGUCUUUGACACCUGAACUUGCUAUUCCAACAGUUGCCAAAGUAGUUCCACAAUUAAUUUCUCAGUUCCCAAGACCAUUAAGGCAAAGUGAAAGGGAGCGUUUAGAAAGUCGACCAAUGCCUAGUUUCAAAACUAAUAGAACCACUGGUGUUUGCUCCACCUCUAAGAUUACCAAGCUAUCAAUUAUUACUGCUGAUAGGGGUGGGAUGAUAAAUAAAAGAAUAAGAGCAAUUAAUCUUGAGCGCAAGCUUGAAAGUGCUGGAGGCUUGAGAAGUUGGCUGGUUUCAAGGGGCUUUGAACAUUUUGUGAACAUCUUUCAGACCAAGAGUAUUAACAAGUAUCAGUUGGCAAAUCUAACCAUGGAAAAGCUCAAGGAGAUGGGUUCACAUGCUGUUGGUCCUCGGAGAAAACUGAUACAUGCUAUUGACUGCCUUUGUCAUCCAUGCUGUUUUGACCAUCUGUGAUCUCACAAGACGAGAUGACCUUUGUCAAUGAGAUGCUACUACCACAGAUCGCUUCGACUCUAAAUGUUAAUUACAAACUGAUCAGGAAUGUGCAACAAGAGUUAGAAUUGUCACACUGUCUUGUAAAUUUUCAGAUCUUUGAUUUGGUGCCACUUGUCUGUAGAAGUAUAAUAGAAUGCAGUUGAACCACUUAACA